CAGGGACUUUUUUUAAACACAAAAAGUUGCAUUUUUGGUUCUAUAGACUUCAAUGGAGACGCUGCAGAAAAGCAUGUAGACCCCUUCAUCGGGGUCCUGCGAGACUUCGAAACGUUGCCUUGCUGUAACUAUGUGAUCGUUCAUUAAAAGCUUUGGACCCAUAUUGGUGAUCCUCGGGGUGCUGGUGACAUUCUCCCUUGCUGAUUCUGUUCGGUUCCAGCCUACGGUCGCUGCAGCACCCACUUAUACACACAGUCAUUCUUAACGCAGGAAUGUGUGCGUUUGGAUUGUACACUUGCAU